UGAAUAGGGCACGUGUUGUGCUUUUGUCGCGUACGUCUGGGGUCGUUAAUAUCGCGGCCGCGAGAAAGCCACCGACGGGUUUGCACUUCAAAGUCUCCUUGUGCUUGGACUCGAUCAUUUGGCGUAAAAAAAUUGUGUCCGUGGAACCAUCUUUUCCUAUCUUUCUCCUUCCAGCGUCAACGACGGCCAAAGCAUUAUCAAAUUUCGUCGCUUGUGACCCUUUGUUGCUGUAGGUGCACAGACGGUUGAAGCAAUUCGUCAAAGCUACCACUCGCACAGAACCUAAUUCGAAGAACAACCAGCUCCACUAGACACCAUGAUACAACCUCCCGUAGAGAUCCCUAACGAAAUCAUUUCCCUCGACGAUUCCAUGAUCGAGGAGACGCAACAAGCCACUCAAUCCACCCAGCACGCAUCUCAACCGAAUUCUGCAGAUACCAACAGCCAUCUGUGGGGUUACCUUCAACCUUGCAGUAAUGUGCUUCGCCGCAUUGAUCUCUGGAAGGUUGCGCCGGCAGCUUCAGUAGGAAGGGCCCCCGACAACGAUAUCAUUCUCCCUGGAGGGAGGGUCAGUAACAAGCACUGCCGAAUCACCUGGGACGGCAAAGAGGACAAAAACUCCGCAGUGACCGUUCUCGACAUUUCCAGCAAUGGUACUUGGAUCAACGGUGCUAAGAUUGGAAAGGACAAAACCGCCGUCCUCAAGGAAGGCAAUGAGAUUGCUUUCGGUUCUCCCCAUCCCCAGCCCGGGGACCUUGAAGACUAUCGAUUCAUUUACCGACAUACUGCUGCCGGUCCCCCGCAGGGCGGCCUUCAUGCUCAAUAUGACAUAAGCCACGAGAUCGGCAAGGGAUCAUUUGCAACUGUCAUGAAGGCUGUGUCGCGUUCGACGGGCCAGUGGUAUGCCAUUAAGGUCAUCCAAGACCAUAAGGUCAAGCGUGCCACUGCCAACAACAAUGAAACGGCGUUUGCGCGAGAGAUCAGUAUCUUGGAACGGUUGCACCAUCCGAAUAUCUGCCAGAUGAAGGAAGCCUUCUUCGAAGAUAACAGUAUCAAUCUUGUCCUUGAAUUUGUCGACGGAGGAGAUUUACUUGAUUUCAUAGUGAGGGAGGGCGGUCUUAAGGAGCCGCUAGCUGUCCACAUAAUCGCGCAAGUUUGCGAUGCCCUUGCAUACAUUCAUAGCAAAGGGAUCGCGCACCGUGACCUGAAGCCCGAGAACGUACUGCUAACCACGGAAAAUCCCCCUACCGUCAAAGUUGCCGACUUCGGUCUCGCCAAGGUUGUCGAUAGCGUCACUUUCCUUAGAACUAUGUGCGGUACACCCGCAUAUCUCGCCCCCGAAGUUGUGACCCAGCAAAACCAGGAAGGCUAUGAUCACCUUGUCGACAGUUGGAGCGUUGGGGUGAUUGUAUUCUGCAUGUUUACAAUGACAAGUCCCUUCAUCGAAGACGAGAACCAGCGCGACAUUAAGGUCAGGAUCGCAGAACGUACAAUUCAAUGGAGCACUUUAGAUACUGUAGAUGUUUCGCCGCUGGCGAGGACCUUCAUCGAGGGGUUGCUUGAGCAUGACCCUCGGGAUCGUAUGUCUCUCAGUUCGGCCUGCACUCACGCGUGGCUUGCCAAUGCUCCGACACUCGCCCACCUUCGACCUCGCGCUAUCGCCGACUCCUCCGUCGCAUCUAUCCAAGACAGUCCUUCCUGCGCCUCCUUGCUCCAACUAGAAUCCGAAGAUGCGAUGAUGGCCGAUGGCUCAAGCGAACCCGCGGUAAUCGAGGGUCUCGGCAAACUCCACCUGCGCCAACAAUCCGGCCGUGCGCCCCUCCAGCGGCGCGCGCAGGUAAUCGCUCAAGCUGCUGAGAACGAACAGGCGCUGUCCGAGCCGAACUGGGAGAUGGUGCAACAUGCACAAGCCAACGCGAAUGGCAUGCGUAAUGGGAAGCGCAAGCUGGAGCCACAAAGCCCUCCGCCGGAUGUGGGCGUCGAGAAUGGGAAUACGAAAAAGCCAAAACGGGUACCGGAGGCGAAUGGCCCGACCACGCGCACCAGGGCUGCGAGGGGGCGUGGGCAGGGAGGUCCUCCAUCACCGUUGGCACGGUUGCAGGAAGCGGCGGCAGGGAUGGUCGUGGAAGAGGAGCACCUCGAGGACGACGAGGAUGUGGAGGAAGCUGCUGGUGCUGUGCCCCCUGCUCCAACGAGGAAAUCUGCUCGUGUGUCUCCUCCCAAAAGGGGGGCACGCCGGGGGUAAGAAAGUGAAUGUGUAUAAUAUCUUAUGUUUGGUUUAUUGGUUUCUUUUUUUCCAUCUGUAUUGCCAGUGCUUAUCCCUUAUCGGUAUAUCCCCCACACUCCCUAUGUAACCUCGACAAACUCACAUUCGUUAAUUUACUGCUAUAUUCUAACGAUAUCCUUUCAUUUGCUAUGAGUAUGCUAUUGAGAGCUGUCCGCUUUCUGUUUGGUUCUCUGUUCUAGCAUCAACGUACGACAAGUGUGCUACUAUGAAGUGAGGAUACCAUUGGACCAUCUAUUGAUUGCAUGUUCCGUGUCGUCGAGAUGGCCAUGGUUUAUUGAUAGCACGCCAAAAAUCUAAGACGUACAAAAACGACAGAUGGUGGGCGGACCACUUCA